GUUUAAUCUGGAUCCAGAGAGGACGUGCACCGACGACCGACUGUGGGAGGCGCUGGAGAUCGCUCAGCUGAAGAACAUGGUGAAAGCGCUGCCCGGAGGACUCGACGCCGUGGUGACAGAAGGAGGAGAGAACUUCAGCGUCGGUCAGCGGCAGCUCUUCUGUUUGGCUCGAGCUUUCGUCAGAAAGAGCAGCAUCCUCAUCAUGGACGAAGCCACAGCGUCUAUAGACAUGGCCACGGAAAACAUUUUACAAAAAGUUGUGAUGACUGCGUUUGCAGACAGAACCGUCGUCACAAUCGCACACCGCGUCCACACCAUCCUCACAGCCGAUCUGGUCAUCGUGAUGAAGCGAGGGAACAUUUUGGAGUACGACAAACCUGAGACUCUUUUGGAGCAGGAGGACGGGAUGUUCGCCUCGUUCGUCAGGGCUGACAUGUGAACACGCAAGUCAGUCAGCAUCGCCCAAAAACUGUUUUUUUUUACCAUAUAUGUAGUUCUCCUGAUGAGGUGGUCCGACCUCUGUGACACUACGACACUCCAGUGAAGCAGAUUUUGUGUUUAAAAACAGAAAAACAGAACCAGAAUCACCAGUUUACCAGUUUGAUCAGUUUUACUUGAAUCAUUCAGUCAGUCAGCCGAAUAAAAACUGCCUUUUGAAUAGUA